AUGUCCUACUUCACUCUUCUCUUUUUAGCCCUCGGCAUUCUGAGCAGCUUCAUGAGUGAGGUUUCUGCUCUCAGAUUGCCACUUCCAGGAGAGAAUGAUCCUAAUAGGUUUACAUGGGGACAGUUUCCAGAGAAUGCUCAGGAGAUUCCCCGGAGUCUGGAGAUAGAAGACUUCACUCUUAACGUAGCCCCAACCAGCAGUCGUGUGAGCUCUCCCACCAUCCUGCGACUUCAACCCAUAAUGGCAAAACCAUCACACCUCCAUGCCAACCUCCCCCUUCGCUUUGGACGGGAUGCGCAGGCGAGCACAGGUGACCGUGCUCCCAAGUCCACCAUCAACCUCCCUCAGCGUUUCGGCCGGUCCUGCACCAUGUGUGUGCGAUCAGGGACUGGACCCUCAGCCACCCUCCCGCAAAGGUUUGGGAGGAGGAACAUAUUUGCUUUAGACCCUUUUCGCGCCUUGACUCUGUACACACGCACACCUGAAUCACCAUUUCCAAAAGAAAGGACUCAACUCCACGACUACAUGUUUGAAACAAUAGAAGACUCAGAAGAAAGUGUAAAGAACACAGAUUACACAGCUUUAGACUAAUGAAGCCUAUAAAAACAACAGCGGGUUAUGAGAGAUGUUUUGUUUGCCAGUUUUAUGAAUUUCCUAUUCUUUUUAUGUAUUUACAUCUGUACAUGCCUGCUUGUAAAUUGUUUGAGUAAAGCAAAUUAUAAGUAACACUAUAGUUGUGAGAGUGCUUUAUUCAUAUUAUUAUAAAAAAUAAAAAUACAUAAAAAUAUUCAAACAUAUUGAAACAAUCCAACACCCAUAAAUGCAUCAAUGUUUCUUUUAUUUCUGCAAAAAAAGACACUCAGCUUUCACCUGCAAAUGCCCUCAGAGUACAAUGUUUAAUGAGACUGCGGUGUUAUUAAAAGACUCAUUAAUUAACUGGAAUGUUUCAUGUUGAUCCUCCACAGGUUGCAGAGGAACAGUGCAACAUUGCAUUUGCCAAGUUAUUUGCUAAACACACACACCUCUAACCAGGAAUAAUGAUAUAAAAUAACUUUCCUCUAUAGGGGUAUAUAUGUCAUCCCUUUCUGCCUAUGAGAUUUAAAUUAAGUU